UAAGGAAGCUCCAAUAUGAGUGUAAGAAGCUCACAAAUAGCAGAGAACAGCUUCUUUGUCUAUCCUCCAAACAAUAUGCAGAAAACAACACUGUUUUUAUUGUGCCUCCUUAUCCUCAAUUUCUUCAAUUUCUGCUCAUCAAUCACUAAUCAAGACAGCAACUUAUUACAGACUUAUAUUGUUCUCUUAGAGAAAUCUGAAGAAAUAGAGUUCACACAGUCUGCUAAUUUAGAAGACUGGUAUCAAACAUUUUUACCAGACUCCACAUUAAACUCGGACCAACCACGGUUGCUUCACUCUUAUCGUCAUGUGGUUACCGGCUUUGCUGCAAAACUUACGGCAGACGAAGUAAAAGCAAUGGAGAAGAGCGAAAAUUUGGUGCUAGCUCGCCCUGAAAGGAUGAUACCUCUGCAUACGACUCAUACGCCUAGCUUCUUGGGUCUGCAACAAAACUCUGGAUUCUGGAAAUAUUCAAAUUACGGCAAGGGAGUGAUAAUCGGAAUGGUUGAUAGCGGAAUAACUCCUGACCAUCCCUCAUUUAGCGGUAAGGGCAUGCCUAGUCCGCCGGCAAAAUGGAAAGGAAAAUGCGAGCUGAAUGAGACAUCACCCUGCAACAAUAAGCUCAUCGGUGCUAGAAAUUUUGCUACUAAUAGUAAUGACAUGUUGGACCAAGUCCGCCAUGGGACGCACACGGCUAGCACAGCAGCAGGAUCUCCGGUCCAAGGCGCCAGUUACUUCGGCCAAUACAGAGGCACUGCGAUUGGUGUGGCGCCAUUAGCCCACUUGGCAAUGUAUAAAGUUUCCGGCAGGGAUAAAAAAGCUGGCGAGAGUGAGAUACUGGCUGCGAUGGAUGCUGCCAUCGAAGACGGUGUUGAUAUUCUUUCGCUUUCAAUCGGAACCGGCUCUCAUCCUUUCUACGACGAUGUGAUUGCAUUAGGUGCAUAUGCAGCUAUCCAGAAGGGGAUUUUUGUCAGCUGCUCUGCAGGAAACUCCGGGCCUGAUAAUAGCUCCUUGUCAAAUGAAGCUCCAUGGAUUCUGACGGUAGGAGCCAGUACUGUUGACAGAGCUAUUAGAGCAACGGUUUUACUAGGAAACAAAGUAGAGUUAGACGGUGAAUCCAUUUCGCAGCCAAACAACUUUCCGUCAAAGUUGCUGCCGCUUGUUUAUGGAGACGGAAAUGGAAAUAUAGCAGCCACAUUCUGCUUGACAGGAUCAUUAAAAAAUGUUAAUGUCAAGGGCAAAAUAGUUUUAUGCGACGGCGGAUUUUCCGACGGCCAAGAAGUGAAAGAAAAUGGGGGCGCUGCCAUGAUUUUAAUGAAUAAUGAAAUUGAUGGAUUUGAAAUAGAUCCAGAUGUUUAUAAUAUUCCUACAUCAUUAGUAAGUUACAGUUCAGGAUCCGCAAUUAAAACAUAUAUAAACUCGACAUCAUCACCAAAGGCGACAAUUUUGUUUAAAGGUACAGUAUUUGGCUUGCCAAAUGCUCCACAAGUUGCAGAGUUUUCGUCAAGAGGUCCUAGCAAAGCGAGCCCCGGAAUCCUGAAACCUGACAUAAUCGGCCCCGGUGUCAGAGUAUUAGCUGCUUGGCCAGUGUCAAAAGACAAUACUACCAACAGGUUCGCUACAGAUUCUGGCACCUCAAUGUCUUGUCCGCAUCUUAGUGGCAUUGCUGCUCUGCUCAAAAGUGCCCAUCCUGACUGGUCACCGGCUGCCAUAAAAUCCGCCAUUAUGACCACUGCUGAUUUAGAAAACCUCGGAGGCAAGCCAAUCUCCGAUCAACAAUUCGUUUCAGCUACUGUCUUCGACAUGGGUUCCGGCCAUGUGAAUCCAUCGAAAGCAAACAAUCCAGGGCUUAUUUACGAUAUCCAACCUGAUGAUUAUAUUCCUUACUUAUGUGGUCUUGGCUAUUCGGAAAAACACGUACGAGUUAUUGUACAGCGCAGAGUGACGUGCUCAAAUGUUGUCAGCAUACCUGAAGCUCAACUGAAUUACCCUUCUUUCUCUAUCAAAAUGGGUUCUAUCCCACAGACAUACACAAGAACUGUUACGAAUAUCGGCCAGCCACAUUCAACUUACAAACUCGAGAUUGUCGAGCCAGAAGGUGUGGAUGUUAAGGUUGUCCCUCAUUUGAUUAGUUUUAGAGGAGUAAAACAGAAUGCUACAUACUCGGUUACGUUUAGCAAGAAAGGAAAUGCUAAGGAACAUUUUGGUCAGGGAUACCUGAAAUGGGUGGCUGAUGGAUAUAGUGUUGGAAGUCCAAUUGCUGUUUUAUUUGAAUAAGCAGUACAUAAGUAAAUAUAUAAUUGUAAUGCUGAAAAGAUUGAUCUACUUUUAAUUAACUAAAUAAUAAUAUCAAACAGACCCAAGAUGAAAGAAAGCUAAAAUGAAAAUUUCUAUCCUUGUUCUA